ACGACUGCAUGGGAAAGCAAUCUUCAGACAAGGCAGUGUAUAUCUUCCAAUCGACACAGUUAUGCAGCUCGUACGUACCUGCUCCUGCACUACAUAGUUAGGGUAGGCACCUUGAUAUGCACACCCUGAGGCGGUAGCACUUGAGUAAUGUCUACGCCAUCAGGAAACUGCGGGCUUGUAUACCGCUCCCACACGGGAAGCUGUACUCGUCUCGAUAUUUAUGAAUUGCUCUUUCCUACUGAUUAAUGGUUUGCGUCAACACUUUAUGUCUGAUGACCACUUGAAUUCUGGAAUCUUGUCCUUCUCAUCUCAGAUCCAUUUCUUCUCAGAUCCAUCUCUUCUACCACAGUUGUCUAAAGUCUGGUACGAACCAGAGGAAUCCUUCGUUUGUUUCAGUGUAUGAGAUAUAGCUGCACUAUGGAUCUUGAGGGCCCAGUUUGCCGCCCCAGCCUUCACGGCCCAACACAUAAAUCUUCUACGUGGGCCAGCUGCGUCUCCGAUGGGUUGUCUAGCCUCCCCAGCGAUUAUCCCCCUGUUCUGCAGCAUGAACUUGCUUGGACAGGCCAGCAGCUGGACGGCCGUGAGUCCGAAUACGUUCUCAACUUGACCGAGAACGAGCUGCUGGAAGUACGAUCCGCAAAGGAUCGCUUCAAAUCACUGGAACUUGACGGAGACUUAGUCAACCGGGACAAUUUCCCUCUUCCCACCCUCGGCUCAAAGCUAGAACAGCUCAGCCAGGAUAUCUACAAUGGGAAGGGCCUCUCUGUUGUCCGUGGCAUCAAGCCGGAUGAUUACUCCGUUGAAGACUUGACCAUCAUCUGGUUGGGAAUCCAGUCUUACAUUGCUGACCAGAGAGGUUGCCAAGACCAUCUCGGAAACAUGCUUGUCCACAUUGUUGCUGAUAACUCUUCUAUGAUGAAGUUGGGCCACCACCGCCACUCCACUUCCGCUAUUUCCUUUCACAACGAGGAGGCAGGUGACGUAGUCGCUUGGCUAACUCGCAGCACGGCGGCCUCUGGCGGCAAAUGCAUCGUUGCUUCGGCUUACACGAUUUACAACAUGCUGGCGGCCCAUCGUCCUGACAUCAUACGUACCCUUGCAAAGUCGGAUUGGCCUUUUGCACUACCCCAAUUCCAAUGUCGGCCGAUACUCUUCUAUCAUGACUCGAAGUUGGUCAUGAACUUCGGCCGUACGCCUUUACUGGGUAAUGCUGUCCACCCACGUCCAGAGCACCUCCCAAAACUGAACGAUCGCCAACGCGAAGCGCUCGAUGUGGUAGAAGCUAUUGCUCAAGCGGUCCAGCUCGAAAUCAAGACCGAAGCUGGCGAUAUGCAUUUCAUCAACAACCUUGCCAUUCUUCACAGACGUGAAGGGUUUGUUGACGGCCAAUCCGCUCAGCAGAAACGACAUCUGGUCCGCAUGAGACUAAGAAGCUCGCAGCUAGGGUGGGAUAUCCCCAACGACCUAAAGCAGGAGUGGCAUAAUGCAUUCGAGACAGACACUUACCAGACAUGGCACCUCGAACCGAUGCCUGGCGACGUGUUCCCCCUUCGCAAAUACACCAACUAAUGGGACGGCGCGGAAGCCCCAGCAAAAGGCGGGGGGAAAGUGAUACUAGGUGUACCCUAUAAUUAAUAGUUUUCUUAACGUUCUCCUUGGCUGGACUCCUCGAUCACGAUAACAUUGUCAUUACGGUGGUCUCAAGACUAAUUACCUAGGGGAAAAAAAGGAGUAGUAUGUUUUUCAUCAAAACCGUUGUCACUCAGUAGGAGCAAUAAGUCAGCUAGCUUCCUACUUUCUAGGUAGUCCUAAAAAAAUUAACGAACCAUUCAUAUCCA